GCCCGGAAAGAUUAUGUUGCCGCCCGGGCUCAUCGACGCCACGCCGCGGCUUAACACACUCGCAGCGUUUCUAUUCACAUUUCACUAAAUUCACUAUUCAGUCUCAUUCUCAGCCAGUUUGGUGUGUUCACGUACGUCGCUUCCGUUUCGGGUUCUAAUAGAAACCGCCGAGUGUCCGUUUUCCCCGGUGAAUUGGUUUAGUUGCGCAUCAAUCGCUACAAACUGUUGAUCUAUCACACCACGCAAAAUGGGAGACUGCUUUAGUUCUCCAGAAAGAGUAGAACCAUCUCCAGAUUCCAAGGCUAACUUCAAAGGGCCUGUUAAAGGUAGAUCAUGUACUGAUUGUUCAUUUUUGGUACUCUUUAUAGCUGUUCUCUUGUCUUUGUUUGGACUAGUUGUAUAUUGUACAUUACAUGGCGAUAUCAACCGACUUUUCUAUGGAUUUGAUGAGUGUGGUGACAUUUGUGGAUUCAAAAAUAAAAAGGCUGAAGAUUCAAAAUUUUGUACUGGACACGAUAUGACUGAUAAACCAUUCCUAAAAAUCGAUGCUCCAAUCUAUAAAGUUGCUGAUUUAAAACAUGUUAAACGAGAAUGUGUGGCAAAUUGUUCAGUUUUACCAGGAUUCCAAGAAUUCUUGCAUAGAUGUAUACCUAAAGGAAAUGAUACAGUAAUAGACAAUAUUAUAUCAAAUACUGUUGUUGGCAGUCUUUUCACUGAAGUUACUCAAGAUUUGCAACAUACCAAAUGGGAUAUAAUUUAUCUUUGUAUAUUUGCAUUUGUCUUCACACUUAUCAUUGUGUUUUUAAUCAGAUUUGUUGCCGGCUUAGUUGUUUGGUUUGUACUUAUUAGUGUUGUUUUAAUAAGUUUUGCCACAUCUAUUUUCUUAUGGAUAACAUGGAAACAAAAGUCAAAUUUGGAAAUUAAAGAUCAGGUUGCUCAGAAUGAUGUAAACACCUAUUUUACAUUUGCCAUAAUCGCUACAAUUUCUUCAGUAGUUAUUUUGCUCAUCAUUGUCGCUAUGAGAGACCGCAUUGCUCUUGUUGUGCAGCUUUUUAGAGAAGCUGGCAAAGCUAUACAAAGCAUGCCUCUUUUACUUAUGCAACCGAUGGUGACAUUUUUGUUUCUCGUCGCCGCAAUAUUUUUAUGGAGCUACUUUGCUGUACUAAUUCAAGCAUCAGGAUUCCCUGCUUUCCAAGAAAAUCACAAUGUUUACUACAAAAAGGAUCAGCUAAUGAAAUUUGCGAGGGUUUAUAAUUUAAUUGUCUUACUGUGGGUCAUUGAAUUUAUAAUUGGUUGUCAGCAUAUGAUCAUUGCCGGAGCUGUUGCUACGUGGUUUUUUACCAGAAAUAAGAACAAUAUGUCUUCCCCAAUAACCACAUCGAUUGGUUAUUUGUUUAAGAACCAUUUGGGCUCAGUAGCCUUGGGAUCAUUUAUUAUAACUAUUAUUCAAGUAAUCAGAGCAAUUAUAAAUGCUUUUGAAGAUACCGUGAAAAAGUCAGAUUCUGAAGCUGCUAAAAUGGUCUACAAAGCAUUUAAAUGUUGUUGUCACCACAUCCAAACCUUUUUACAAUACUUGACGAGAAAUGCUUACAUAGAAAUUGCUAUUUAUGGUGAUAAUUUCUGUAGUUCUGGACAACAAGCAUUUAAAAUGAUAACUUCAAAUGUGCUGCGAGUUUCUGCUAUUAACUCUGUUGGCGAUUUUGUACUGUUUUUGGGAAAAGUUUUGGUUGUUACAUCGACUGUAUUAUUAGGUUUCAGAAUGCUUGAGACCAAACCAGGUAUUAUCCAUUUAUGGGCUCCUCUCGCAGUUGCUGGUAUUUUUGCUUAUUUCGUGGCGCAUUGUUUUAUAUCAGUCUAUGAAAUGGUCAUAGAUACAGUAUUCAUGUGUUUCUGUGAAGACUGCAACCUAAAUGAUGGUGUGAACCAGGAGUAUUACAUGAGCAAAGAGCUAAUGGAAUUUGUUGAGAAUAGCCAAAAAGUGUUAAGAAUUGGAGAUGGCGCCGAAUCUUGAAACUAAAGUACACACAACUAGUUAUACGUAUAGAUUAAGUAUAUUCACAAAAAUAUUAAAUGAAAUCAAAUAUAUCCAAAUUGAACCACUGAAAGAAAUGUAAUGUUUUACUACUAUUUAUUUACUACUACUAUUUAUUUUAUUACUAUGUAUUGCUAGUUAUUAUUAAAGUUUUUAUUUUUAUUUUAUACAUGCCUAUUGAAGGAUAAAAUAGUAUUAUAUUUUUUUACAUACUAUUCCUCUACUAUAUUAUGUUAUGUAUGCUUAAGUUACUGCAUAAGUCUUAGAAUCAGGAUAUUUUCAAAAGAAGCCAAAACUAUUAUGUUAAAUAUCAUGCUAUUAUAAUUUAUAAUAAUAUACAUUUUUGAUUUUUAAAAAUGCCAACAUAAAUGAAAUAUUACAAUUAAAUUAAAAAAACUUUAUUAGUUUUCACAGUGUAAUUUUAAUAAUGAAGCGAAAUAUAUAUAA